AUGGCGAAAAAGAGAAAAUCGGUGGAGAAUCGUCUCGAUGAAGUCGAUCGCACCAUGUACUCCACCUUCUGCACCACCGCCAAUUCCCUCUCUCAUCUCUACACCCACGCCAUGAAUCAACAAAAACUCUCCUUUCAAGCCGGCGAACGCCACGCUCUCGAGAAAAUGUAUCAGUGGAUUCUUAGACAACAACAAGAAGGAAUGAGGGUGAAUACGAUUGAUAUAGUUUCUCACUUGCAGAACGAGCUUGAAUAUGGAACAGAGGAGUCACCAGUGUCCCCAAGGCCGUCAAUUCAACAGAACUCCCAGAGUGCAAUUCAAACUAAUUUUGGUGCAUCCAUACAGUCUAAUGCAUUUGGAAGUACUGUUGCAGGACACGCAAUGCGCGGUGGGCCAACUGAUCAAGCAAAGAACUCUGUAUUCUCAAAUGCACUCUCUAGCCCCAUUCGUCGCAGCCUUCAGCCAUAUCAUUUAGCACAGGGGAGCAGUCCGUCGAGUAAUCUCAUGUCAUCCGGGAAUGGAACCCGGAACAAUGAAGUGACUUAUCCUAGUGGCCAGAACAGGGAUACGAAUUCGUCCAACUCCAGUGAUUGCAUGGACAUGCAUGCAGACAGUCCUAGUCAUGAUUUUCCAUACUGA